GCAGCAUUUGACAGAGUAAUAAACGCCGCUAAACCAGAUCUAUACAUCGGCCCGGCAUUACUUUUCGAUCUGAUUUGUUUAUCCAAUUCCGCGACCCCAGAUCUGCCCUUUUCCCAGUCUCCCAGUGUUGGGUGCGGAUAUGAGGAUUGACCACUUGGUGACUUGACCCGCUCGAGAAGCAACUUCCUGACUUCGUGUUUGAUGAGAAGGGAGAAGAUAGAAGUUCGAACCUGAAGGAAAACGCGGCUGCAUACGGCAUUUUGAAGCCUGUUCUAGGCACAUAUCAUGCUUUAGCAACUCCGUAUACCGUACCUACCUUUCCUACGGUUUCUCUCUUUGGCUCUCCUGGAUUCCUUACCCUAUCAUGUUCGGAAUAGACCUGUAGCCAUAUCUCCUAGACUGGCCAGCUCCUUCAUCCCCUAAGAUUUACCACCAUAUCGACGCCGUGUCCCUGUUGGGAUUCGGACGCGCAACAUCCCCAUGGCUCAAGGAAAGGCCACCGCGACGUUCAAUAUUGAUGGCUUGACGAGCAGCCAUCACGACGAUGGGAGAACCCGUUCCCCGCUAGGUCGCAAGGACUCGUCUCCGCUCAUGCCUCCGUUCAUGGUCUCCGCCCCAGGGAAGGUCAUUGUGUACGGAGAACAUGCGGUAGUACACGGCAAGGCAGCAAUUGCGGCGUCAAUAUCCUUACGGUCCUACCUCCUCGUCCACUUCCUCUCAAAAUCUCGCCGGACCGUAUCGCUCCUCUUCCCAGAUAUCGGCCUGUCACAUACCUGGGAUAUACCCGCACUGCCAUGGUCCGCAUUUUCCGCGCCGGGCAAGAAGAAAACCUACUACGACCUCGUUACAGAGCUCGAUCCCGACCUCCUGGAAGCCCUCGAGCCGCACAUCGACAACAUCUCACCCAACGCUCCCCCAGCCACGCGCAAGAUCCAUCAAUCCAGCGCCACCGCCUUCCUCUACCUCUUCCUCUCCCUCGGCACCUCCAGCUCCCCACCAUGCGUCUACACCCUCCGCUCCACCAUCCCCAUCGGCGCUGGCCUCGGCUCCAGCGCCUCCAUCGCCGUCUGCCUCUCCUCCUCGCUGCUCGUCCAAUGCCGCGCUCUCGCCGGCCCCCACCCCGACCAACCCGCUGCCGAAUCCGAGCUGAACAUCGAGCGCAUCAACCGCUGGGCCUUCGUCGCCGAGAUGUGCAUCCACGGCAACCCGUCCGGCGUCGACAACACAGUCAGCAGCGGCGGCAAGGCCGUCCUCUUCCAGCGCCGCGACUACUCCAAACCCCCGCUCGUUAAGCGCCUCAACACCUUCCCCGAGCUGCCCCUCCUCCUCGUCAACACCCGCCAGAGCCGCAGCACCGCCACGGAGGUCGCCAAGGUCGCCAACCUCCGCAAAUCCUUCCCCACCAUCGCCGAAUCCGUCCUCUCUGCCAUCGACAACAUCACCGAGUCCGCACACACCCUCCUCACCUCGGAUGACUUCGACGCCGACUCCACGACGCUGAAGACGCUCGGUGAGCUUGCCGCCAUUAACCAUGGCCUGCUCGUCGCACUCGGCGUCUCGCACCCGAAACUCGAGCGUCUACGCGCGUUGAUCGACCACACCGGAAUCGGAUGGACAAAAUUGACCGGCGCGGGCGGCGGCGGCUGCGCCAUCACGAUCCUGAACCCGGAGUGGAAAGGCAAACCCGACGGCGGCGUUAACGGGGUGAAGAAGCCAUCCCCAAAGGCUCGAACCCUCGUGCGCAACGGGACCGACUCCGAAGGUAGCUCGGAGAAGCGUAAGAGCGGACUCGAGCCGGCCUUGAUCGCGCCGAAAGCGCUCAUCCCUGCAUCCCUAUCCAACCAGUUGCAGGAAGAGGGGUUCGAGGUGUUCACGACGACGUUGGCGGGCGACGGGGUCGGCGUGCUGUGGCCGGCAGUACUGCAUAACGUGAACUCGAUCACGAAUCGGGAGGAGGGGGGCGAGGAGAUCGAUCAGGAGAAGUUCUUGACGGCGGUAGGGACGGAGGGGAUUGAGAAGUUGGUGGGUGUGAGUAAUACAUUUGAGGAGGGGCAUCCGAGACAUCGGGGUGGGGUGGGGGGAUGGAAGUUCUGGAGGUAUUAA